AUGCAGCUCUCCCUCCGAGCACGCAGCGCUCUACGAGCUGCUGCUUCUCCCUUCCAUCGGCGAGGGACCUCCCAUGAAGCGAGGCCGCGCCUCCGCGCCUGUACCGGCCCGCCGGGUGAAGGAAUCCUCCCGGCAGGGCUGCGGGCCGAGUCGCUGCCGCGUCACGUGGCGGUGACCAUGGACGGGCACUCACGUUGGGCACGCGCGCGGGGCAUGCCGACAUCGGCCGGGCACGCUGCUUUGCAGCCCGCGCUCAAGGAGACGGUGCGGCUCUCACGCGCCUGGGGAAUCCGCGUGCUCACUGUCUUCGCCUUCUCCUUACGAAACUGGAACCGUCCCAAGGAGGAGGUUGACUUUCUUAUGGGCGUGUUUGAUCGGUUCAUCCAAGACAAUGUCGCCCAGUUUGCAAGGGAAGGAAUUCGUCUACGCGUAAUUGGUGACUGCUCAAGGCUGCCGAAGUAUCUGCAGAAGACUGCACAAGAUGCCGAGGAGGAAACAAGAAGCAAUUCACAGCUCGACCUGAUGCUAGCUAUCAGCUACAGCGGGCAAAGGGACGUCUUGCAAGCAUGCCAGAAGCUUGCCCAAAAGGUGCACAAUAAGCUGGUCAGACCGGAGGAGAUCGACGAGUCACUAUUCGCCAAUGAACUCCACACGAGCUGGACACACGAGUUCCCUUGCCCUGACCUACUCAUCAGGACCGGCGGCGAACUGAGGCUUAGCGACUUCCUGCUUUGGCAGUCGGCCUACACAGAGCUCUUCUUCACUGACACGCUCUGGCCUGAUUUCGGGGAGGCUGAAUAUCUUGAAGCACUCGUCUCCUUCGAGAGCAGAGACAGGCGUUUUGGCAAAAGAAAACUGUAGUGCAGCAGAAUAUAUAACGGUGCGGAUGAUCCGCAUGUUAGGACGCACGGAUAG